CCGGUUCGCGGCCGUAGCUCCUCCGGGUCGCGGUACAGAUUUGUCAAAUAGCCCGUGCAUGGCAUGGUUGACAGGGUGAGCUAACGUUUCAGUCAGGAGAUCCAGGGUGGACAUUUUUUUUUUUCUUUUCUGUUUUAUCAGCCUGUAACAGAAGUUAAACCGUCAGUCUGAGGAGCAGCUCCAUCUUUUUUCCUGACCGUUUGAACUGCUUCUCCGUGGCGUAUAUUUUUUGUCAUUGGCUGCUGCUCGCGUUUAAAAAAAAAAGAAAAGCUAAAAAAGAAAACUAGUUAACGUUGCUCCUUUUUUGAAAAUGGCGGAUGUACCACAAGAGAAAAGUCUGGACGAUUUCUUUGCCAAGCGGGAUAAAAAGAAGAAGAAAGAGAAAGGAAAGGGCAAAGAGUCCGCAGCCGGGCCCACGUCGUCGUCGGCUGUGGUGAAAAAGACGAAGAGGGAGAAGGAGAAAUCGGCCAAAAACGAGAAUCAGGACGCUCAGAUUGAAAAGGAGGACGAGGAAUGGAAAGAGUUUGAGCAGAAAGAAGUGGAUUACAGCGGGCUCCGGCUCCAAGCUUUACAGAUAAGUGACGAGAAAGAGGAAGAGGAAUAUGAGAAGGAGGAGGUCGGUGAAGACGGAGAGAUCAUUCUGGUCAGCGGAGACAAAGUCUCUGGUCCCUGGAACAAGUCUGGUGCUCCUCCACCUCCUGCUGCUGCACCUGUGGAGGAUGUAGAGGUGCCUGAGUCGAAGCCUGCUGGCGUAUAUCGUCCUCCUGGGGCUCGGCUGUCCACCACCAAACGCGUGCACAACCCGGGUCCUCCUGAGAUCUUCAGUGACGCACAGUUCCCCUCUCUACUGGCCACCGCCAAGCACGUGGAGACACGCAAAGAUAGAGAAAUGGAGAAGACCUUCGAGGUUGUGAAACACAGGAACCGUGGUAGAGAGGAGAGUAGUGGCGCUUCUAUGCAGCAGUUGCAGCUUGACAACCAGUACGCCAUCCUGGGGGAUAAGUAGAGCUGCACCCCUCCGUCCCUUGGCCCCUUCAGCGCGGUCCGGCCCAGCCCCUUGAAGGAAGCUGAACUCCAGCUGUGUUGACUGCAGUCCUGACAUAGCUUAUGCUGCCAACAUCACCACACUGGUUGCUCACACACACACAGAGUCUCAUAUACAUACGCACUUACACACAGAAACACCGCUGCAGCACAUACAGAUACACACUCCCUUUUGAAUAAAUCAGUAACACACUUAACACACAUUUGGUCGGCAAAACUGAAGGACUGCAUCUGAAGGGGCUGUUGAAGGAAUAAUUGAAAAGGAAUUAGCAAAAUACACCCAAACGUACAACACUGCAGCAGCAACAAAAGACGACGUAGUUGUCCUUUGUGGAUUGUACUCAGAGCAGCAGUUGUGUGGCGCAACUUUUCUCUGGACUUCAACUUGCUUCGAAAAAAAAGCCACAGAGGAUUGAAGAUAACUUUAGGCAAGAUGAUUUUACAAACUUCUGUGAAAAUAUCUAUUUUUUUGCAAGAUCGUUAUAACCCAAUCGCACAUGGUAUUUUGGGGUGUUUGUUUUUUUUUGUUUUUGUUUUUUGGAGUUGCGGUUGGGGCUUCGGGAGUUGGGAUACUACCUCAGCGGUAUAGCUGGUGGUGACGAUGUGGACUGAGCUUUUUUUUUUUUUUCCCCUUUACGCUGUGGUGGUGAACGGGACAAACACCAACCCUCCCCACAUACAAGCUGGUCAUCAGGCUCUUUAAUUUAGAAACUUGAAGCUGUGUGUUUUUUUGUUUUGUUUUUUUCCCUUCAUGUUGAUGACACUCUGCAAAGAUCUAUGGACAAGAAGCGAUAGGUUGUGGUCCUCAUUUAGAAUUUCUAUAUAAAGUGGCCUUACUGAUGGAGAGAAACUGCUGUGUCAUCUGAAGAGAACUUGGCUUGUUGUCUCACGGGCUGCUGCGUGCCUCUGGAUCUCACCACUCUGUGACAAAAAACAACAACAACAAAAAAAAAAACCCUGUAUACAAAUGAAACAAACCCUUUUGUUCAAGAAUGUAGUGCUGUUGUAGUUUGCCUGAUGAUUACAACUACUAACUGUCUUUCAUAUCCACUGUUUGAUUUUGCUGUCCUUGCUUUAUUUGAGUCUCAGCAAAAGAGAAAUUAAAGCUUGUUUCUAAUCCAAAAAAUACAAUCUUUUAGUAACAAAUGCUUUACUGUGGUUUGACACCAGAUGGUCACAGAUGUUACAGUAUCGAGAAAAAUGACGGGAAACCACUAUCAAAGCAUAUUUGUUAAGGUUGUCGGCCAUAUUGAGUUCACACCUUUUUUUUAUUUGUUGUAAAGUGGUACAUUUCAACCCCAGUUUUAAGACUUCUUUUUUUUUUUUAUAUCAAGGCUUUUCCUCACAAGUAAACAUGCUGUGUCAGCCCUCAUUGCAGAUGUGUAGAACAGGUAGCUUAACUUAAUUUCCAGACUGGGAUGUAAACCAACUCAGAAAUCCCAUCCACUUACAAAAUGGUGGUACGCCCAGUUAAAAUCAAAUGGGUUAUUUACUGCGUGCAUAGUUAAGUUUAGAAAGGUGACGAAGAACUGGAUUUCUGUUCUAUGCUUCUGUCCUUUCCAUUAAAGAUGUCGGGAACGCCGAUCCCUGCUGGGACACAACAUUGGGUGCAAGUCGAUAAUAUUUGUGAUGGAAAAGAGAAGAGCCUUCUACAAAAAAUAAAGUGAUCCUUGUAAAU